UGCAGAAUCGUGACGAACCUCGCAGAAACUCGGGGAUCGCCCGCCGUUUUCUUGGUUUUUUUUAUUAAAAAAAUUAUUUUUGUCGACGCGAUUCCCACACGAAAACUAGCACGCAGCCCGUGAUUUUUUUUCGUAACCGAUAUCGAUCGUUUCGAUGCGCGAAAAUUUUAUUUCUAGUCGAAUCGAACGUAGAGGUUAAUAUACACGGUAUAGCAUUAUAAAAUAAUUACAUCAUCAACGUAAAAAUCGAAAUUUCGCGAAAAUUCCAAUCGCAGAGAAGUUCGCGAAACUAUAUUAUAUAAUAUAAUUCACGCCGCAUCACGUUCGAUAUCAUGGCGACCACUAAAUCUUGUAUCACGYUGAUGAGCUCACUAGUCCUACUUUUAACCUGCUCGCUGCGGUGUGCGAUCGCGGUUCAGACGGACGCACAAGCAAUGGUCAGUAGCCGGUGGAGGGUGAAAGACUUGACGUAUAAAAUAUCCAAGUAUCCUAAACUGCUGGAUAAGUCGGAAACAGACUCAGAAAUCCGGAAAGCAUUCGACGUAUGGUCUGAUGUCACACCGUUGACGUUUACUCACAAGAAAUCCGGACAAGUAAGCUCAAAAUUCUGGAAAUUCGACCCGAUGCAAAAGCCCCCUGUAAAGAGCACAUACCCGAAGCCUAUCAGCAACUGGGAUGGUAUACCGGAUAACAUAGAUGCGGUUUUGCACUACACCAAUGGCUACACAUAUUUUUUCAAAGAUGAAAACUAUUACAGAUUCAACGACAGRACGUUUGCAGUCGAUAUUGCAGACCCGCCUUUCCCUCGCAACGCUGGCUAUUGGUGGUUUGGUUGUAGGGCGGAAAACAAGGGACAUCGACAAGAAGUGACCGCUGCACCCAGUAUACUCAGACCCACGUGGAUGGAAGUGCGACGGGAUCACAAGGGCAAUCAAAAUACGGAUGUCGGCGAUCUGAUUAUGGACGCAGAAGAAGAUAGUGGCCACACAGGUAUUUUGAAAAUGUGAUGCUGUGCGGGGGACCGCAUCGAUUUAUUAUAYAUUGUUUGUUGAAUGUUUUGGACACGGUGUAAUACCUUACCUACACGUCAAGUGCCGAAUACAACUACUGGACCUACCGAGUUAUCGACCGACUGCAACGCCGCUGUGCCGGAAGCUUGUUUUUGUAUACGUUUGUAUACUUAUACAAAUAUGAAAAAACAAAUAAUUGUUAUUAGGAUUCAAAAGGCCCUUGUACUGCCUUUAGUAUUUAUUCCAAACUUUGAAUGUACGAGUUCAGCGUUGGGUCGACUUUCUUAAAGAGACUGAAUUUUACACAUCGUUAUAUAAUAUUAUAAUAUGUAUCUAUAUAUUUAAGCUGAUAUCAUUAUAUAUAGUUUUUAUAUUAAAUAUU